GCUUUGCGUCUGAUCUGAUUGGCUAUGGGCGCUCAAUCCCGCCUCCGCGUUCAGAUUGCGGCCUGGCAUUGGUGGGCAUGCCAGGGAGACCUCGGUGUCCAGAAAGGAGCCCGGGCUACCUUGGGCCGGGCAGGGCGGAUGGCGACUAUCAAAAGGAAAUAGGAUCAUGGCAGCAGAUGAUGACAAUGGUGAUGGAACAAGUUUAUUUGAUGUCUUUUCUGCUUCUCCUCUUAAAAAUAAUGAUGAAGGUUCUUUGGACAUAUAUGCUGGGUUGGACAGUGCUGUUUCUGACAAUGCCUCCAAAUCCUGUGUACCAUCCAGAAAUUGUUUGGAUUUAUAUGAAGAAAUUCUGACUGAAGAAGGAACUGCAAAGGAGGCAACGUAUAAUGAUUUGCAAGUAGAAUAUGGAAAAUGUCAGAUGCAAAUGAAAGAGUUGAUGAAAAAGUUUAAGGAAAUACAGACACAGAAUUUCAGCCUAAAAAAUGAAAACCAAUCUCUUAAAAAGAAUAUUUCAGCACUUAUCAAAACUGCCAGAGUGGAAAUAAACCGCAAGGAUGAAGAAAUAAAUAAUCUUCAUCAAAGAUUGUCCGAGUUUCCACAUUUUCGAAAUAAUCAUAAAACUUCAAGGACAUCAGAUAUAGUUAAAACAAAAGAUCUUAAAUCCAGAUCUCCUCAUUUGGAUGACUGUUCAAAGACUGAUCACAGAGUGAAAAGUGAUGUUUCUAAAGAUGUACAUCAUAGCACUUCACUGCCAAACCUCGAAAAAGAAGGGAAAUCACAUUCUGGAAAAAAAGGCACUUUGCAUCUGCCUACAUCUCUUGAAAAACACUGCACCAAUGGCAUUUGGUCACGUUCCCAUUAUCAGGUUGGUGAGGGUAGCUCCAAUGAGGAUAGUAGAAGAGGGAGGAAAGAUACUAGACAUAGCCAAUAUAGCAGAGGAACUGACAGGAUACGAAAAGACUUAAACACGAACUGUGGUGAUGGUGAACCAAGGAACACAGAGGCUAGUCAAAGGCUACAAGGACGUCCUGAGAAAUAUGGUAAAGGUGAACCCAAGGCUGAAAGCAAAAAUUCAAAGUUUAAAAGUAACACAGAUUUGGACUAUAAAAAUGAACGCCUUAGUUCUUCUUGGGAGAAAGAGACCUCUAGAGAAAGGUCACACACUCGAACAGAAUCUCAAAGUGACAAAAAACCAGAAAGACAAAGUGAAAGAUCACAAAAUAUAAAUAGAAAAGAAUUUAAAUCACAAGACAAAGAAGAAAGAAAAGUUGAUCAAAAACCUAAAUCAAUAGUAAAAGACCAGGAUUAUUGGAGAAGAUCUGAACGAGCAUCAUUUCCUCAUUCCAAGAAUGAAAUAACAAAGUCUUCUCAUAAUUCAGGUAAAUACCAUGUAGAAGAGAGAAGAGGAAGGGAAGAUUGUAAAAGAGACAGGGGUGUAAGUAAUCAUAGUUUCCAAGAAGGAAGAUGUCCCUCUUCUUUUUCAACUAGUAGAACUCACAAACACAUUGACUCCAAGGAAGUUGAUGCUGUGCAUCAAUGGGAAAAUACACCUUUAAAAGCAGAAAGGCAUAGAACUGAAGAUAAGAGGAAAAGAGAACGAGAAAGCAAAGACGAAAAUAGGCAUAUGAGAAAUGAAAAAAGAACGCCUACAGAACAUUUGCAGAAGACCAACAAAGAAACUAAGAAAACCACUACUGAUUUAAAGAGACAGCAUGAGCCAAAAAAUGAUAAAGGUGAAGUCUCUAAUAAUGAUAUUUCCCAAGAAGGAGAUAAUAAAGAGCUUACAAGUAAAGCUGAGAGUGGUCCAAAUGAAACGAAGAACAAGGACUUAAAGUUGAGUUUUAUGGAAAAAUUGAACUUAACUCUUUCUCCUGCUAAAAAGCAGCCUGUUUCUCAGGACAAUCAGCAUAAAAUAACCAAUACUCCCAAAUCCAGUGGCAUAUGUGACGUAGAGUCCUUGGUGCAGGCUAAAACAGUGACAUGUGUUCCCUCUGUCAGUGAACAUAUCACAGAGGAAACCAAAUCAAAGGUAUUGGAACCAAAUGAUGCUCUUGCAGCAGAAUCUGAAUCCAGGACUAAAAUUCCAGAAAGGAAAAUGGAAGAAGAAAAUAGCUUGUUAGUUAAAUCUGUUGAGAAUACUAUGCCUUGUGAUGUGCCCGUUUGUGGUACAGAGACUUCCUUCUCAGCACCUGUGGAAAUGGAAAAAGCAGAAUCCUUGUUUCCAUCAUCAACAGAAAUGGAACAAACCAUUAAUGGUGCAGGGGCAGCAGUUCCUGUGGUAGUGGACAUAUUACAAACAAAUGUUUCUCAAAACUUUGGCUUGGAAUUGGAUAUCAAAAGAAACGAUGGUUUAAAUUCUUGUAGUAUUUCUGAAGGUAUAGAAAUGAAGGAGGCUUUUUCAACACAAGUGGCUGAAUCCAGUGGAAGCAUUUUGCAGCCUUCAAUCGAAGAAGAUGGUGUUUUGCCAGUAGUCCUUUCAGAAGAUGGUAACCCACAAUUUGAGCCUUCUCUUGUAGGUACACCACUGGUUGAGAAUAAGUCUUGUCAUUUGGAGCCUUGCUCACCUAAAGAGCCUCUAGAAUCUUCACUUCAGCAGACUGAGUUAAUGGACCACAGAGUGGAAAUUGGUGAAACAAACUCAAUAUAUCAUGAUGACGAGAACUCAGUUCUGAGCAUUGACCUUAAUCACCUGAGACCUAUUCCAGAGGCCAUCAGUCCUCUGAAUAGUCCAGUGAGACCUGUAGCAAAAGUCCUUAGAAUGGAAAGCCCAUCUCAAGGCCCAUUAUAUAGUAACAGUCAUAAAGAUGUGUUUCCACCAGAUUCAGCUCAUUCUACCUCCAAGAGUCAGUCUGAUCUCAAUAAGGAAAAUCAAAAGCCAAUUUGCAAAUCUGACAGAUUUACAGAAGCAGACUCCCUUAAGAAUUCAUCUUUAGAUGAAUUAGAAGAAGGAGAAAUUAUAAGUGACAGUGAAAAAUCUAAACCACAGAAAAGUUUUGAAAAAAGUGCCAAACCUAGAGCCUCUGCUGACGUGCAGCAUACAAAAACUAGCCCAGGAAGUAGGAAAACUGCUGUGCAUUUGGAUAAAGACAGUAGGAAAACAUCUUCUGUAAAGAUCCAUCAGACCAAAAGCAAAUGGAAUAAAAGACAAAGUGAAUCUAGCAGAUCUUCAAAAACAGAGAAGAAAGAUAAGACAGUGAGCACUUCGAGCCUGGAAAAAAUAGUUCCAAUUAUUGCUCCACCCUUUUCUGUACGAGAAGUUAUGCACAUGUUACGAAUGAUAAGAAAACAUGUAAGGAAAAAUUAUAUGAAAUUCAAGGUAAAAUUUUCAUUACUGCAAUUUCAUAGAAUUGUUGAGUCAGCAAUUUUGAGUUUCACAUCACUGAUUAAGCGACUUGACUUAUCUAAAAUCUCUAAGUCAGUGACUGUUUUGCAGAAGAAUCUCUGUGAUGUCAUAGAAUCCAAACUUAAGCAAGUUAAAAAGAAUGGCAUAGUGGAUCGCUUAUUUGAACAGCAACUACCAGAUAUGAAAAAAAAAUUGUGGAAAUUUGUCGAUGAGCAACUUGAUUAUUUGUUUGCAAAGCUUAAGAAAAUCUUAGUAAAGUUUUGUGAUUCUGUAAACUUCGGUAGCGACAGUGACGAAGGAAAACUUGAAAAGAGAAAUAAAGAGAAAUCACAAUAUUUAAAUUGUCGGAAGGGGAAUGUGGACAGCUCCAGCAAAGAAGUACUGAAAGAGAAAUCCCCCACAUCAGAAGGUUCUGUUUAUUAUAGGUCCUUGGUGGGAUGUAAAAAAUCUGAGGAAAAACAUCAAGACCAAAAUUGUUCCAAUAUUAACACAGUGAAGUAUGACAUUAAAAAAAGUUUUAACAGUUGCUUUGAUAAUAUUAAGAACUCUCAAUCAGAAGAGCACUCCUUAGAACUAAACUGCCUGAGCGCCCCAAAGCCGGGAAAAAUAGAAGGAAGCACCGUGGAGGAUGCACAGACGUCCCAGCAUGCAGCUUUGAAGCCAGAACGCAGUUUUGAGAUUCUUACUGAACAGCAAGCAUCUAGCCUUACUUUUAAUUUAGUCAGUGAUGCACAGAUGGGUGAAAUAUUUAAAAGUUUGUUGCAAGGUUCUGAUCUUUUGGACACCAGUGUUAACUGUAAUGAAAAAAGUGAGUGGGAGUUAAAGACGCCAGAGAAGCAGCUGCUAGACAGUCUUAAGUGUGAAUCUAUACCAGCAUGUACAACGGAAGAGCUAGUUUCAGGAGUGGUUUCUCCAUGUCCUAAAAUGAUUAGCGAUGAUAAUUGGUCAUUAUUAUCAUCUGAGAAAGCUCCAUCUCUGUCUUCAGGGCUCUCAUUGCCAGUUCAUCCUGAUGUGCUGGAUGAAAGUUGCAUGUUUGAAGUGUCCACUAACAUAGCUUUAAGUAAAGAUAAUGUAUGUAGUUCAGAAAAGAGCAAGCCCUGCAUUUCUUCCAUACUUCUUGAAGAUCUAGCAGUCUCUUUAACAGUACCAUCACCUCUGAAAUCAGAUGGUCAUCUCAGUUUCUUAAAGCCAGAAGUAUUGUCUACUUCAACUCCUGAGGAAGUUAUUAGUGCACAUUUCAGUGAAGAUGCCUUACUUGAGGAAGAGGAUGCAUCUGAACAAGAUAUUCAUUUAGCUCUGGAGUCUGAUAAUUCAAGCAGUAAAUCAAGUUGUUCUUCAUCAUGGACAAGCCGAUCUGUUGUUCCAGGCUUUCAGUACCACCCUAAUCUACCCAUGCAUGCUGUCAUAAUGGAAAAGUCCAAUGACCACUUCAUUGUGAAAAUACGACGUGCAGCACCAUCUACCUCCCCUAAUCUUAAACAGAAUAUGGUGACUGAUGAAUCAUUGGCAUCUUUGCCUAGAGUGGAAAAGGAAGCUGAUGAAGCAGCAGAGAAAGAAUAUACUUCCUGUCAGAAUAGAGUUUUUAAACCUGUGGAGGAAUUGCAAAAUUCCAACAAACAUGUUGAUAGCAGUAAAUCAGCUCAAGAAGAAGAGGACUGUGUGAUACAAACACAGGUUCCUGAUAUAUACGAAUUCCUUAAAGAUGCUUCAGGUAAAGUGGGUCAUAGUAAUGAAGUGGCUGAUGAAUGUUUCAAGUUGCAUCAUGAAUGGGAACCAAAAGUGCCUGAAAGUGUUGAAGAAUUGCCUCCAGUGGAAGAAAUCCCACAUUCUGUCGAGGAUCAUCUUCCAAACACAUAUAUAGACCUCACAAAAGAUCCGGUCACUGAGACCAAAAACUUGGGGGAAUUUAUAGAAGUAACAGUUUUAAAUAUUGAUCAGUUUGGCUGUUCUGGAGGCAAUUUGGAUCAAAAUGCUCCAAUAUUAGACAAUAUGCAGCCUGAUACUGUGGGUGCCUUUAUUGAUUUGACACAAGAUGUUUCAAGCGAGAGUAAAAAUGAAGGUAACUGUCCUGCUUUAGCAGUUGAAGGCUUAGGGUGUCAGGUGAUAUGUGUGGAUGAAGAUAACUGUAAGGAAGAAAAGGUGCAAGUGGCAAACAGACCUUUGGAAUGUGUUGUUGAGGAAGCCUAUAUCGAUUUGACCUCGGAAUCUCCCAGUUCAUGUGAAGUAAAACAGGAUGAUGUAAAGUCAGAGCCAGCACCAAAUUCCCAUAGUUCAGAGGUGCCUGGGGCUUUGGAUAAUGCUCAGAAAAAGAGAAAAAACCUUUCUGAUCUAAAUCAUUCUUCUCAGAAAAAACAGAGAAAGGAAACAGACUUAACUAGUAGGGAAAAGACUAAAAAAAUUACCCAAGAUUCUGGUGAGAAUGGUGAAGCUCACCGAAAGAAAGCCAAUAAAAAAAAGGCCCCUGCAGUGACUCAAGAUUCCUCAUUAAAGGCAAGCCCAGGGAUUAAGGAGCCAUCAGCAGCAUCUGCCACUUCUACAGGCCUUUCUGCAAAGAAUGUUAUUAAAAAGAAGGGAGAAAUUAUAGUUUCAUGGACAAGAAAUGAUGACCGGGAAAUUUUACUGGAGUGUCAGAAAAGAGGGCCAUCAUUGAAAACAUUUUCUUAUUUAGCUGCCAAGUUGAAUAAAAAUCCAUAUCAGGUCUCAGAAAGAUUCCAGCAGCUAAUGAAGCUCUUUGAAAAGUCAAAAUGCAGGUAGUUAAUGGUUACACUACAGGAGACUAGUAAAGUAAAUGGUUGACACUGUAACCGUGCAGUUGAUGGCCUGUUAGUCAUUGAAGAUGUCAGUAGUGGGUGAGAGACAUCCACUUGAGUUCCUGCUUCAGUCACAGGUUGGAGGAUGUUGCUCGUGCAGGCUUCUCAGGCCACCUCAUCCACAGGAGCACGCUCAGAGGGAAGCCUGCUGCCGUUCAGAUCAGCAGGGCAUCUCUCCUCAUCUCUCAGAUUGCUGAUGUGUCCAAGGUCGGGGGAAAUGCAUUUGAUGGUUGAUGGGAAAUUUUUUGUAGAUGAAGAAGAAUAAAACAUUCUUGAAUAGCAGUAUGUUUCAUAGGCAGUGAAGUCUGUGCAGUGAUUGUAAUUUAAUAUUAUUCACAUUUUUAAUUAGGAGUGCUAAAAUACUUUAAAAUACAAAACGUGCAUUCAUAAACGUGAAAUCCAUUGUCAUCUGAAUAGAUGACGUGAUUUGCCAUGUUAAAUUAUUAAUAAUGUUCACAGACAUGUUUCCUCAGUUUCUUUAAGCCAUUCUUAUACAGGUUUAUUAAGGCAAUAGUAUUUAUCAGCAGGUUUUUUCCUGUAAGAUUUGAACCAAUUGCUUAAACAUUUUGGACUUUUACGGAAGGAAAAUUGUAAUGCUGUUUCACGUCAUUAUUUUUCAUUUGAUUUGUGGUCAUAAUUAUUUGAAUGCUAAACAGCCAAUUUUAAAUUAAGUUCAAAUUACAUCUGAAUACAAAUCAUGUUUGGACAUAGAUCUCAGUAUGAAGAGUUCUGAAUAUUUGAGUUAUAAAUCUGUUUCUAGACCCAAUGUAAAUUACUGUCUUUAAAUAAUCUGUUAAUUUCAGUUUGCUAAUGAGAUUUUCAGAAGAUAUUUAGUAUUUUACUGUGAAGUUAAAAUUCUAUUUAUGUAAUUCACAAUGUAAGAUUGAAUAAUGGGGAGUUUGAAGAAAAAGCUUAUUCUGAAGAACUUCUAAAAAAAUAGUUUAAGACAAAAAUGGCCUGAUUAUUUUUUAGAUUCAUUGUGUUUUAAAAUUUUCACUGCCUUGAGGAAAUUAAACUGAAAUUUUUGUUUUAACUGAAUGUUAUCUUGAAAUAUGACUUCCAUUGUCUUGUGAAGAUAAUGUACAUUCAUGAAGGAAUUAACUUGUAUUUGGAAGUGAUGCUUAUUAGUUUGAAAUUUCCAAAUUUCAUUACACAUCUGAAAUUUUUUAAUGGAUUUGAUAUUUGAGAUUGUAUUUGCUUGCAUGAUAGCACAAAUAAUGGGUUAUUUCAUUCCUAGCUUGCUUCCUGAGUUUUUUCCUCCAAGAACUAUAGUCUCAUUAAAUUCUUGUCAAAGUCAGAGUAUAACAAUAAAGUUACCAAACAGAUUCUGUAAAAAGCUAGUUCUUUAACACCAAAUAACUGCUUACUAUCUAAGUAGAACUCGCUUUAAAAGAACAACACUUUAUGAAAUGGUUGUAUCAGAAAAAUAGAAUCAUAACUUUAGCAUUUUCUUACAUUGCAGAUAAGUUGCUGAAUUCCUUGGGAUCUUAAUUGAUAUUGCAUACUACACAGAAGCUCGGAAUUCCUCAUGUUUUAAAUGGGGAAGUAGAGGGCAGUUUUAUGACAUAUUUGAUUACUAGAUAAUAAUUACAUUUGUUGUUACUUGUUGAUUCUUUAAUUUCAAGUCAGCAUGUUCAGUGUUCCAGUCAUCAGUCUGAUUUGCUUACCUGUUAUUGGUCAAGAAUUUUAUUUUCAGACAGGUUAAAACUUGUUAUUAAGAUAAAAGCAACAAGUAUAUAAUAUUGAAACCUUAGUUUUGAUAUUUCAAAGACAUGACUUUCUUUUCUAGAUUUUUAAAGAUAGUUUUGUAGCAUUUUUAGUUUGUUUUCAUUUUUAUUUGCUUUUCUAAUUGCCUCUCCUGAUUUGGUAAAUUGUAAAAUAAUUUAAAUAGUAUAUCUGUAAAUAUGUAUAAUUGUAAUGAUGUAAAAUACUUUGUGUAUGUGUGUUUGUGUGUAUACACACACAUAAAUGGCUUUGCCUAGCCAAGGGUUUUUUUAUCUGUAUAAAACUUUUUGUAUAAAAUUUGCUUUCAAUACCAGUAAUGUAUAAAUAAAACCAUGUAAAGUUCUGUUA